GAUCAUUUACCCCCAAGACUCCCCUCUACCCAACAUUCGCGCUACCCCUACUUUCUCACUUCUCUCAUCAAAAACCUCUACAAUUCAACAUACCACGUAACACAAUGGCCAAUCUUCCUCCCCGCCCAGCUUUCACCAAUCUUGGCGAUGGCGCCCCCGCGUACAACAGCCGUCGUCAGAGCGCCAGUCAGCCAAGGGGCGCGGGUGCUGGGAACCCUUCCCACGCCCGUCACUAUCACCCAUACGAUCGGCGAUUGAGCACGACACCACAAAGCUCUCCCAUCCCUCCUUGGCGCCGUGACGCCCCGCGGCAAAGCCGGUCGUCGGACCUCUCAAGUCGGCCUGCCCAACGUCGUCCCACUGCCUUCGCCCAGUCCCAUCAUGCCGCCGCCCCUAACGCCACUCACGCCCGACACCACACUCUUUAUCAGGGUCCGUCAGUGGCGUACUCUGCCGUCCCUUCCCGACACGUUGUCCCCCCCGGAACCACUGGUCCUCUCGCAGGUAGAAGCCCGCGGCACAACAUCACGUCCCCGGGCCACAUCAUGAGUAACUGGGCAGCAGUAAGCAGCCAACGGAGUUACUCGAGCAACAACAGCGGCAACAGUGGCUGGAUCACGAACAUCGCUGCGCACAACCAGGCUGGCUUUGGAAAUGCUGGUGGUCCGGUUCCUACCAGCCAAGCUGCGUCUCCGCAUCAUGGUCACCACCGCCCCAGCCGAACAGUGUCUCAUGAUGACUCACUGGGGUCGAGAGCUGGCACCGGUUCUCCGUUCCGCCUACCAAGUACACCAGGCAAGAUUGGGAUUGCUGUUGGUCCCGCUGGAAAUGCCAUGAGCCCGAGCACCACCAAAUCCCUCACCUCCCCGUCUUCUCAGAGCACAGGUACCUCCCCCCCCUCCUUUGUCGGCACACCCACCAAGACCCGGGCUCCCAAUCCUGUCGACGGCACUACGAGCGAAACAACGAGUCCGACGAGUGCCGUCCCUUGCGCCUCUCCCCCUGAGACCGAGGACCCAAAAGCUUGCCUGGGCUCACCCAGCGCAUACGGAGCAGCAGCUGGUUCUGGUGAAGAUGCCGUUGAACCAUCGGCUGUGGUCACGGACAAAACCACUAGCCCGCCGACAACACCGGCAGCCCUGGCCGCUGUCACCCCAAGGCCGGCGUCGAGGGCCGACAUCGUUGGACCUUCAGACCCCCUUGGCCCUUUCCCGUCCGCUGGGCGCGCCGACCACGCCGGUCCCGAUCUCAUCGUCCCCUGGCCCAUCUCUCCCCCCAUGGUCUUUCAUCCGGCCCCACAGUUCUCAAUGAACGGCCGCACACUGGUCUUCAAUCUAUCGGUGGCAGCAGACCAGUCCGACGAAACAGCCACGCUAUCACCAGGAUCGGGCGAAGAGGACCUGGUCAUUGGCGCCGGCAGCAGCAGCAAUGAUGUCGGUGGUGACGGUGAAUUUUCCCCUGUCUUUUCCCCUCUUCCCCGUUCAGCAGCUAUUCCUUCGAUCACAACGUCCACCAUAACCAACCCUAUCACCCUCUGUUUCGAUGCCGACACAAGGCUGGUGCUCACCCUCGGCCCAAGCACCCGCGCCUUCCUCACCACCCGCGCCGUGCUCACCUCGUUCACGGCUUGGAACCACCACGACCGCGGCCACAGUGACCCCAACUCAGCGGCGGUGUUGUACGACACAUCAGCCCAAGCGCUCACCGUCGACCUGGGCCGCCUGAUUCAACCUGAAUGCUCACCAGCCUGUCCCUUCCCCGUCGCCGAGCAGCACCUCGGCGCACUGCACGCCCUUCUCGCUGUGAUGCACCAUCACAACGACAACAACAACGCCAAUGCAGUGUUGAACGUGGACGAGCUCUGGCGGCUCGGCGGACUCAAGAACGCCCUCGGGCUCGAGAAGCGGUGGGUGGAAUUUCUGCGGGAAUGUAUGCGCGCGUUUGCGGGCGCCAUCAAGCGCGUUGGCGGGUGGUUGAACUUUGGGGGAUCGGAAGAGCUUGGGGAAGAGGAGGCAGAUCUUAUUGGUGGCUCGGAGACGAUGGAGAGGGCGGUAAAUACCUGCUUGGUGUUUGGCUGGGGCGAGGAGCUGCGGGUCGUGACGGCGCGGUUGGCGUAUGUUUGCGCCGUUGCGGAGGAUGAGGCGACCCGGGAGGUGGUGUUGCUUAAGCCGGGUGGGAGGAGAUUGGAGGUGGGGAUCUGUGGGACGGAGGUUGUUGAUGCCAUCCUUGCUGCGCGAGGGCAGAUCCUUGAAAACCUCUCCGCCGCAGCCCAGAAGUCCGUCCGCUCCUGGAUAACCCGCAUCGGCCGUCAUCCCUGCGACAACAUGAUGUGCAACACCAACCGCCUGGAGGCUCUCAUCACAGUCCUCCGCUGGCUGGGCCUUUUUCCUCGCGCAAACGUUGACACGCCGCUGCACGAGCUCGUCACCGUGCUCCAGUUCACCACGGCCAGCGACGCCGAGCUAAUGGCCGCUGCUAUCGAGAAUGACUGGGACGACGAUUCCAUGCGCAAGAGGUUCAACUGGCCGAUGUACAUCCGGCAGAGGUUUGGCGGUACCUGCACCAAGUGCGACGAGAAGUCGCCCACCAGCAUGCUCUUCCCACUGGAGGACCUGCUUUGUGACCUCACGUUUGAGAUGCAGGAUCAGCUGCAGAAGUACAUCGAGCUGAGGUGGCCAUGAAGUUUCCAGGCGUUGAAUUUUUGGAGUU